CCUAAAGCAAAAACAAAAAAGUUUGCUGCAAUGAAGCGGAUGAUUAGUAUGAAAGAUCAACGAAUAAAAGAGAAAGAUCGCUCCAAAGCCCAAGAAAAAAAGAAAAAGGACCCUUCAGCGUUAAAGGAGACAGAAGUGCCCAAGUAUGCAUCGUGCCUGUUCUUCCAGUACAACACUCAGCUCGGUCCACCAUACCACGUUCUGGUCGACACCAAUUUCAUCAACUUUUCCAUUAAGGCCAAAUUGGACAUCGUUCAGUCUAUGAUGGACUGCCUGUAUGCAAAAUGUAUCCCAUAUAUAACAGACUGUGUGAUGGCUGAAAUUGAAAAACUUGGAAUGAAAUACAGAGUUGCACUCAGAAUAGCAAAGGAUCCAAGGUUUGAGCGUUUGCCUUGCACUCACGCAGGAACAUAUGCCGAUGACUGUCUAGUCCAAAGGGUAACACAGCACAAGUGUUACAUCCUGGCUACUGUGGAUAGAGAUUUAAAGCGAAGGGUGAGGAAGAUCCCCGGUGUGCCCAUUAUGUACAUCUCUAAACACAGGUACAACAUUGAAAGGAUGCCAGAUGACUAUGGUGCACCAAGGUUUUAA